AUGUCUCAAAAGCAGAUGAAGGAAGCUUUUGUUAGUAACCUCAAUGGAUGCAGCGUGCUGGAAUUUACCCAGGGCUUCUGCUUCCCUGCGCUCUGCAUCCUGUGCAGAGGACUCCUGAUCGUUCUUUCACAGCACUUGUGGUCUUCACACACCCGGAGAACUCGAUUCUUCAUUGACUUUGUUUUCCUGAUAGUUCCCCUGAUGACCACUCUGACCAUUUUGUCUUCCUUUCAAUACCUUGAGUACCUCACUGCAAUUCUCUUUGGGGCAGGGCUAUUCUAUCAAAUAUAUUGCCGGAGAACUUGCUAUGCCAAAAUGCCUGGCCAGAAAAUCCUUGAAAAAUUCUUAAAAAUUAGUUUAGAAUCAGAAUACAUUCCAGCCAUCUCCUGUUUCCGUGUAAUUACCAGUGCGUAUACAGCUGUUGCCAUUUUGGCUGUGGACUUCCCACUUUUCCCCCGAAGAUAUGCCAAAACUGAGCUCUAUGGGACCGGAGGAAUGGAUUAUGGAGCAGGAGGCUUUGUUUUUGGAAUGGCUAUGGUUUGUCCAGAGAUUAGGAGAAAAUGUAUGGAAGGGUCCAGAUGUGAUCGUUUCACAAAGUCAUUGUACUCUAUUUGGCCAUUGGUCCUUCUAGGAGCAGGACGAUUAAUCAUCAUAAAAUCCAUAGACUAUCAGGAACAUAUAACUGAGUAUGGAGUUCACUGGAACUUUUUCUUUACCUUAAUAGUUGUGAAAUUGGUAACAUCGCUGCUUUUGAUGUUUUUCCCCCCCAAUAAGUCCUGGAUUGUGGCCAUUGGCACUACUGUAUUAUACCAGCUAGCCCUUGACUUGACCCCAUUGAAAAGGUUGAUUUUGUACGGCACUGAUGGCAGUGGUACAAGGGUUGGUUUAUUAAAUGCCAACCGAGAAGGAAUAAUGUCUACCUUGGGGUAUGUGGCAAUAUACAUGGCUGGUGUGCAAACAGGGUCAUAUGUGCUUAAAAAAAGGUCACAUAUCAAAGAUUGGAUUAAAGUAGCAUAUGGUAUUCUACUGUUAGCUAUUAGCCUCUUUGUAUCUCUUUACGUAGUUCAGGUAUAUGUAGAAGCAGUAUCUAGAAGAAUAGCCAAUUUAGCCUUUUGUAUUUGGAUAGUGGCUUCUAGCUUGAUCUUACUGAGUUGCUUAUUACUAGGUGAUAUAAUUUUGAGUUUUGCAAAAUUUCUAAUUCAAGGGGCUCUGGUACCAUGUUCUUGGAAACUUGUCCAGUCUCCUGCUACAAGUAAAAAGCGUUCAGAAUCUCUAAUGUCUCAAGCUGAAGGAAAGAAACCCAGUCUUUGUUUAAUCACAGCUAUCAACAGAAACCAGUUGAUUUUUUUCUUGCUCUCAAAUAUCACCACUGGCCUAAUCAACCUGUUGGUAGAUACAUUGCACAGCAGUACCCUGUGGGCCUUCUUUCUGCUCAAUCUUUAUAUGUUUACCAACUGUUUAAUUAUAUAUAUGCUACACUUGCAAGAUAAGACUAUAAAAUUUUGGUGA